GGACGCCAGGCGCGGCCCCCGGGGCCCUGCGUGCCGCCCGGGCUGGCGGAGGCGCUGAGCGCGCUGGGACUGGCGGGAGAGCGCGAGUACGUUGGGGACAUCUUCGCCGAAGUCAUGGUGUGCCACGCGCUGCCCCGGAGGGCCCUGCCCCGCGCUGUGACCCCGGACAUGCGCGCGCUCGUGGUGGACUGGCUGAUCCAGGUGCACGAGUACCUGGGCCUGGCGGGGGACACGCUCUACCUGGCGGUGCACCUGCUCGAUUCCUACCUGCGCGCCGGCAGAGUGCGCCUCCAUCGCCUGCAGCUGCUGGGCGUGGCCUGCCUGUUCGUGGCCUGCAAAAUGGAGGAAUGCGUGCUUCCCGAGUGUGCCUCCCUCUGCCUCCUGGGCGCUGGCUCCUUCUCGAGGGCCGAGCUCCUGCGCGCAGAGCGCCGCAUCCUGAGCCGCUUGGAUUUCCGGCUGCACCACCCGGGCCCGCUACUCUGCCUCGGGCUCCUCGCCGCGCUGGCCGGGAGCAGCCCCCAGGUGACGCUCUUUGCCACCUAUUUUCUGGAGCUGUCUCUGCUGGAGGCCGAGGCAGCGGGAUGGGAGCCGGGUCGGCGCGCAGCUGCGGCGCUGAGCCUGGCGCAUCGCUUGCUCGACGGGGCGGGCUCCGGCCUGGAGCCGGCGCUUUACAGCCCCGCGGAGCUGCGCCCGCUCGAGCCGUGCAUGGCCCGCGCCGCGCUCCGAGGCCCCGCGCCCGGCCGCGCAGCCACCUUCCUCAAGUACGCGCGGCCCCAGCUCCAGGGCACCAGCCUCGCCGCCGCCCGCUUGCUCCGCCGCCCCCAGCCCGGGCCUCCCUGA